AUGCCGCCAUUCUGGAAGAGAUCCAAACGAGACUCUGCUCCAAAAGCAGGGCAGAGCAAUAUCCAACCAACCCCAGCCGCUGAGAACCCUUUCCGCAGCCGUGCCGAUGAGCUCUUCAAUGAAGGUGACUAUGCUAACGCCGCCUUCAUGUACAGCGAAGCGGUGACUGCAGCUGGCAGCCGCGACAACACGACCAGAGCGCCUCUGUACGUGCAGCUUGCUCUUGCGCAAGUGAUGUGUUCGCCUCCGCAGCUGGACAAGGCUCUGUCCAACGUCAACACGUCGAUCCACCUGGACCCAUCAGCUGGCAGUGCGUGGAAGUUGAAGGGAGACAUACUCGACAGCAUGGGUGAUUACCACGCAGCGGCCGCAGCGUUCACCCAUGCCGUGUCCAUCUUGCCGACCUCUGAUAGAGUUCAGGCACAACAGGCACUGGCAAGUGUUCGAAUGAAGAUGGGUUCCAUAGCAUCGUCGUCGACCACUCCACCAACCAUUACACACACACCCGCUGCAGUCGCUCAGUCCUCGCAGCCAUCCAGCAUUGCCCCAAACACUCCUAUCCAGCCUAUUCGUCAAAAUCCGUCGCCCACUACGCAGACCUCUCUGUCGCCAACGGGCACGAUCCCAAAUCGCCGUGCUGUGCCGACACAUGCCCCAUCGCCACGGGGCCUAGCUUCAUCUUUGAUCCCGCCCUCUCCGAUACCUCGUGCCCCCACUCCGAAUGCGAUGAUGCAGAGUCAAAUGCUGGCCGAAGAGCUCGACAUGCCCUCUGAGGCGCCUCCCUCGUACAGUACCAGUACCAUGGGCGCACCCCGAACUGCAUUGGGCGGCGUGUUUUCUGAGAGCCAGUUUGGCGACUGGCAUAGAGCGUUGAACCGAAACCGCCUGGGUGGACUGUAUCUUCGUCCCUUCACCGCAGAGGGACAGGUCGACUCCAUUUGUUGCUUGUUCUGGGGCAAGACAUAUGUGGAGUCCUUGUUGUUUGAUAUCACGUCCCAGGCAGCUGGCCAUCGAUCUUGGAAGGAAUACCACGUCAGUACGAUCAGCCACCCAGGGACGAAUUUCCUAGACUACGAUUGCGAAACGGCGUCAAGCUAUGACGGUUACCACGUGGGCACCACCUCUGUUGUGGGCUAUUCUGAGGAGUACAGAGAGUUCCAGUUGUCCCAGACGGUGCAGUUUCAACUUUCCUUGGAGGAGAGAAAUUCCCCUCCGCCAAUGACCCUUGAUGCUAUCGUUGAAAGGAUCCAGAUGUUGCAGAGAAAUCCCGCCCACGAGGAUAAUACCCGACUGAGACAGAUUCUCGGGCUACCUGCCUCCCCAGCCGUGACGACUAGAAUUGCCAUUGAGGAUAUUUGCCUUACCUUUAACCGUGGGCAGCGCGCUGAACCGAACCGUUUCAUCGACUUUCUCACUACGGCUUCAUUCACGGGCCAUGUUUUCGGAGGGCCGGGGAUUGGUCUGACCAAUUUCCUGCUUCAUAUCCUACUCGGCGCGGAGCUCGCCCUUCGACAGGCCAAGCUAGGCUCGCGACAAAAUUACCCGGGCGUCAUGAAGGCGACGACGUCGGCACUGGUUGUCAUUGCGCGUCAGUGGAUGGAGAAUGUCACCAUCCGAAAAGGUCUAAAUGGCAAGUACACCCUGACUGCGAUAAACCAUGCAAUCCGAACCGAGGGCCUGCUACGCUUCGCAGAAGCCAUUGGGUGGCCAUACAUGGAUGAAGCGAGGCAGAACAUUGAGGGCAUGUAUGCCAAACUUUCCUCACAGCCUGCAGAGAUACACAACUACCUCAAAGAUUGGCUAUACGGGUUGGUGCUUCCGGGCAAAUUCUUCAGGCAGCGACUCCUGAGUUGUCUGGUCCUGGCAUGUCCAACGACGAAGCACCUCAGCUCUGCACCAUAUUAUUCGAGCGGCCUGGUCGUUGGAAACAAGAGCUACUGGCCUAAGAGAAGUAUACUCGCACGCGUUCUUGGAGGCAUGAGCAAUAUCCAAUCAACUUGUGGAUGGAUUGGUCCCGUUCCGGCACCCACCAAGACCGAGCCUAGUUGGAUCCUGUUGCAUGCCCGAGUCGUCAACUUUGUUCGCCCGGUGGUCGACAACCUGGCAGAGACGAACCUGGAAAUCCUUGGGUUCUCGGAGGCUGAGAUGAGCAGAGAUCCUAUUGGGUUGACGACAGAGCUCUUGGAUAUCAAUAAGUGGCGCCCCCCAACCGGGCUGCCGCCGCGGCCAGGAGCUCAAGGGCCAAACGGUCACGUCGGCGUCACGCUGCAAGAAAUCCGGCUCAACUCCAUCGAAUCUACCAACGACAUUCGACGGCACCGCGCAAGCCUCGACUUGAUGUGCUACGGCACUAAGGUCACAUUCACGCUCUACUCCAGCCCGCUGUUCGUGCAUGUACCCAAGUGUCAGGGGACGUCUCACCCGAUCCACGAGAGGCUGGCGCAAAAGCGGUUCUCGGGCAUAGUGUUGGCGAAGGACCUGAAGAAUGGGGCGCCAAUUCCAUCAUCGGAGACCCUGAUGAUUAUCGAUGCCACGCAGCCGAAUGAGGAUAUCAUGGCGAGGGCAUGGUGUGCAGAGACGGGAAGGCACGCUAUUGAAUCAGAAAACGGCAUGCUCGGCAGCGACAUGCAAAUUCCAGGAACCACCGCCGCCUAUAUACCUUAG